AUGGCGCGCCUGUCGUAUAGCCCUGCGGCGGCGCAGGCGACCGCAAGCGACUCCCAACAGAUAGCCGUCGUUCAGCUGUCGCAGCUGCUGUCCCGACUUCAGCAGAGCGUGCUGCAUCCCACACCCGAGCGAGAGCAUCGACUACGGACGAGCGAGUACGAGAGGGCCAGGCUGGAAGCUAACCUCGAGUAUGCGCGGGCGCAGCUGUUCAAGCUUGAGCAGGAUGCCCUGGCUCUCAAGGCGCCCACGCGGAGGCUGGAGCUACAAGGUGCUCUCACCGCGCACAGGGACACGUUGGACACUCUGUUAGACAGGCUGGAGGACCUCAAGCAGAUUGCUGCAGAUGAAGAAGCCGAUGACAGCUCCGAUGAAGAGGACCUGCUGGGAGAUAUCGUGCCGACACCCAGCGAAAGCAUGGACUCGACGUCCGCGGAGGCGACGGAAGACCGUUCUGUCCGCGAAGCGACUCCCGAUCCGCCGUCCCCGACCCCGGGCGCAGUCCCGGAACCUCCUCCCGCCCCAAGUGCUGCUCCUCCCCUGCCCAUAGACGUCUCGCCGACGACUACGACGCCACCCGCAUCCCUCCCGACUCAGACAUCCCAGACCCUACGCUCACGAACGGGCACACAAACACCGACCUCACACACCACUGCGCGGGCAACCCUCUUCGCCAACCGUCGACGAGGCGAGGCAACCAGUCCGCAGACGUCGACCGCCACCGCCGAGGCCAUCCUCGACCAUCAACGCGUCGAGCAGGACGCCCUGUCCGAUUCGAUCCUCAAGAUGGCGGGCGCCCUCAAGGCCAGCUCGCAGCGCUUCUCGACAACGCUCGAGGCGGACAAGGAGGCGCUCGGCCGCGCAGGGGAAGGCAUGGACCGCACUGAGCGCGGUAUGGACGCGACGAGGGGUGGCAUGGGCGCGCUGCGGCGCAUGACCGAGGGCAAGGGCUGGUGGGGGCGCAUGAUUCUGUACGCGUGGGUGUACGGGCUCAUGCUCUCGCUGGUGCUCUUGGUGUUUGUGAUGCCCAAGCUGCGGUUCUGA